AUGCCUUCCUUCUCUAGCAACUUUGCCAACAAGCACGUCCUUAUUACAGGUGGAUCAAAAGGAAUCGGUAGAUCGAUUGCUGAAGCCUUUUUGACCGAAGGCGCCAAUGUCUCAUUUUGUGCUCGCACGAUUCGGGGAGAUGAAUUCUCACUCUUCAAGGGCGCCACCAAUGGUGCGCGUGCUGUCGGCUCGGCCGUUGAUAUUGGAAACCCCGAAGAGAUCAAAUCUUGGGUAGAGCGAGCAGCUAAAGAGUUUGGCCGCAUUGAUUCAGUUAUUGCCAAUGCAUCUCCUCUGAUUGGGGAAGCAACUCCUGAAGCUUGGGAGAAUAGCUUCCGUGCAGACAUCUUGGGCUUGGUCACCUUGAUCGACGCAUCGACACCAUUUCUCGAAGAGAGGGUAAAGGCUUCAGAGAAUGCAUCUCUUGUCGUCAUCAGCUCGAUGGCGGGUUUUGAAGCACGGCACCCCAUUGCAGGCUCUCCUUAUUCGACCUUUAAGAGAGCCCAAGCCGUACUGGCUAAAGACUAUGCCCGCAAGCUUGGUGCUCUGGGCAUUCGAAUUAACUCCAUUGCCCCGGGAUCCAUUGAGAACCCCAACAUUACGCUGCCAGAUGGUACGGUUCGGCUGAGUCAGUAUCAAAUUGUGAAGAGAGACAAUUAUCCGUUUUACAAGUCUCUUCUUGAUGCUGUUCCGCUUGCGCGAACGGGUGUCCCAGAAGAGGUUGCCAAUACAGUUAUUUUUCUCGCCAGCGGGCUCGCUAGCUACAUCAACGGAGCCAAUAUUGUGGUUGAUGGAGGCAUGUCCCUCUUUUUCUAA